AUGGGUCAGGAGGAUUUACAAGGUGACGGCAAGAUUGUCUUGCAUCGUCUCCUGACGAGAGGGCAGGAUAAGGUGGUGCCGAAGGGGGCUGAGAUCAUUCAAAACUUGGUUCACUACCUGUGGCCAGAAAAUAAACCAGAGAUGAGGAUGCGAAUCUUGGCUUCCAUGGCGUGUCUGGUGGGGGCAAAGCUGGUCAACAUUCAGGUUCCUUUCUUCUUCAAGUAUGUCAUCGACGGCCUCCAAGGUGCUUUCCUCUUCCCCGCCAACCCCACGCCCUUCUCUACUCCCGUCCCCCUACCGGUGGUGAUGAUGCUGGGAUAUGGAGUAGCAAGCAGGAUUGGGGCGUCUGCCCUUACUGAACUGCGGACGGCUAUCUUCGCCAGCGUCGUCCAGGCAGCUGUCCUUCGAGUCUCCGACAAUCUGGUGUUCGAGCACGUCCACAAGCUCGACUUGUCCUUCCACCUCAGCCGACAGACUGGCUCUGUCGCGCGGAUCAUGGAGAGGGGGACGAGGGGAGUGUCGUUUGCCCUCAAUGCUCUCCUCUUUCAGAUUGUGCCCACCGGACUUGAGAUCGGACUAGUCGCUGGAAUCCUCUCCUACAACUUUGGAACAGUCUACGGGGUCAUAACCAUAGGCACUGUGGCUGCUUUUGCUGUCUUCACUGUUCGGGUGAGCCAGAGGAGAGUUGAGAUCAGAAAGAAGAUGAACGCGAUGGAGAACGAGGCGUCCGCAAAGGCAGUUGACUCACUCAUCAACUUCGAGACUGUCAAGUACUUCAACAACGAGGCUCACGAACUGAGGAGAUACGAUGACUCCCUCCGGUGGUUCGAGAAAGCUUCAGUCGAGACCCAGACUUCCUUGUCUUGGCUCAAUUUCGGGCAGAGUGCCAUCUUCUCCGUCGGACUCACGGCAAUGAUGGUCGUCUCUGCUCAGGGCGUGCUGGCUGGCACGAUGACAGCAGGGGACGUAGUCAUGGUCAACGGCCUCCUGUUUCAGCUUUCUGUGCCCUUGAACUUCCUGGGGACUGUCUACAGAGAGCUCCGGCAGAGCGUCAUCGACAUGGAGGCGAUGUUCGGCCUGCGCGCACAGAAACCUGCUGUCUCCGCGGCUAAUCUCGCUCCUCCCAUCAACGUCACCAAGGGUAAGAUAGUCUUCGACAACAUCCGCUUCGGAUAUGGAGACGGAAGAGAGGUACUUCGGGGCGUCUCUUUCACAGUCGAACCGGGUCAGACCAUCGCGAUUGUCGGGCCAUCAGGAUGCGGCAAGUCAACCAUUCUCCGCCUCCUGUUUCGGUUCUACGAGCUGAAUGAGGGGAAGAUCUUGAUUGACGAACAGGACAUACGGGAUGUGGACGUCCAGAGCUUGCGUGAAAUCAUCGGGGUAGUGCCGCAAGAUACAGUGAUGUUCAAUGACUCGCUGCGUUACAACGUUCUCUACGGGCGGACGGAUGCAGGAGAGCCAGAGCUGCAAGAGGCCCUCAAGCUUGCCGCCGUCGACAAGAUUGUCAAUGUGCUGCCGCGGGGCCUCGACUCGGUGGUGGGGGAGCGAGGGCUGAAGCUGAGUGGAGGAGAGAAGCAGCGAGUUGCUAUAGCGCGCACAGCUUUGAAGAAGGCCAAGAUUCUGUUGUGCGACGAGGCCACCUCGGCGCUUGACAGUCACUCGGAGUCGCACAUCCUCUCUGCCCUCUACAAAGUCUCUGAUGGCAUCUCAACCAUCGUCAUCGCCCACAGGCUCUCUACUGUAGUUUCAGCAGAUCAAAUCAUCGUCCUGAACAACGGAGAGGUGGCUGAGAAGGGCUCGCACCAGGAGCUGCUUACUCGCGAAGGCCUCUAUGCGGAUAUGUGGCGCAAGCAAGCACAAACACCCUGA